UUUCCAACUUGAGUGCAAGCUAAAGUCAAUUAAUGUGUGAAUAGAGAAAAUUUCCUCAAAAAUGUAAAAAGAAUGAGGAAGAAGUCAAUGAAUGAUUUGUGGAUUUCGUGGAGUUGAGGGAGGAAACUAUCGUGUGAAAUGAUGGUACGGGGUUAUCUACCUGACGACCUUGCGUGUUAAAAAACCCUGAGAGUCGUGGCGGGCCCCGCGGCAAGAACCGCGGCAGUUCCGCUGAAGAACGCGUCCGGCAAAGACUAUAUUUUCUAAUCUUCUAAUCAUUCACUAUUUAUUUAUUUAUUUUAUUCAUUCAGUAAGUCAUUUUUUUUUCUCCUUAAAUUUUAUUCCAUAAAAAAGUAUUGUUGUUUUUUCGUGUGUUUGCUUCAAUAUAAAAUUAUGUGACAAAAUUUUAAGUGAUAUUUAACAGUGCAAAUUUCGCGGGUUUUUUUACGUAAUCUCUCUUUUGGAUUCUUUGUGUCUCUCUCUCUCUCUCUCUAAAAAAACACUCUCUGGAGAUAAUUUGAGAAAAUUAUUUCAUCAGUGAACGGGGAGGACAAUGGAAAAAACCAGUUGGAUUAUUUUCAUGAAUCUUUCCUUUCUCCUGGUGAACGGUCACUAUCAAAAUGCCAACAAUGAACAUUGGAUGCGUCAAGUUCCACGACGUCCGGUGGACGUAAUGACGGAUGUCAUCAAUAGUUUAGGAAUUAAUAUACUUCAACAGUAUCAUGUGCCAGGAAAUGUUGCAUUUUCUCCCACGGGCCUGGGCUUUGUACUAAUUGCCCUUUACGAGGGUUCAGCUGGACGUGGCAGUAAACAAAUUGCCGAUUGUCUUCAAUUGCCGCACGAUCGGCAAAUCACUCGAAUUGGACUCAGAGACAUUCAUCGUAGACUCCGGAGCUACCUGAAUGCGGACGGCUUUCUUGGGGGACUGAAUUUGAACAAGGACAACACGCGCUUGCGUCCUGAAUUUGAGGACAUUUUGAGAUUUUACGGUUUUGAUUUCACGAUAGAUAAUUCACAGAUGAAUGCGACUGAUGCGACGACUGUUAAUAUUAAUGAUAAUACAACCAUGGCUGGUGAUAUGAUGAAUACAACGGUGAAUAAUACAAUGGGGACUAUGGUUGCUGAUGGAGCUGCUAAUCAGGGAGCAAAUGGUACAUCAGGAAUGGAUGGAAUGUCAACAACGGGAACUCCUGCAGCCGCAACGACGCUUCCUCCCGAUGGAGCGAAUCCUCAAAUGACGGGCGGAACAUCCGCAGCAACUACAAUAAAUCCCCCAACAACAACCAUUGAUACUUCUGUUGAUAUUAUUUCCGUAACGCCUAAUAAUUCCGCUAUUAGACAAUCGACAAGCUCUACUGUUUCUGCUUCUUCCACUUCUUCGUCUUCAUCUUCUUCUUCGCCAUCUUCAUCAUCAUCUUCUUCUUCUACUUCUCCAUCUUCUUCUUCUUCUCCAUCUUCUUCAUCAUCAUCUUCUUCUCCUUCUUCAUCAUCAUCUUUUUCUCCUUCUUCGUCAUCAUCUUUUUCUCCAUCUUCUUCUUCCUCAUCUUUUUCUCCAUCUCCUUCUUCCUCUUCUUUUUCUCCAAGUUCUUCCUCAUCAUCAUCAACGUCAUCAUUAUCCUCGUCGUCAUUGUCCUCAUCGUCAUCAGUUUUCGACACACCCACAAGUGACAGUGAUUCGUCGGGGAGAAUUUCGAGUUCGGUAUCAUCGAGUACAAUGAGUUCGAUGACAAAUUUUGCUGAUUCAAUGGCACCGUUCUCGGUGGCAAAUUCCGCGAGUAAUUUGGGAUCGAGUAACGAACUUGAAACACCCACGGAAUCAUUGACCUCGACGAGAAUGGAGAGCACAACGUUCGCCUCACGCUUGGUACCGACGAGAUCAGCAUCAUUCGGUCCAAUGACAGUGACAUUGAAUUCGAGGCCGAGUUUAUCGACACUUAGAUCAACCACUUCGGACAAAUUUCAAACUUCGUCGCGCAUCCUCGACUCGAUUACGUCCACGAUGCGGAAGCCGAGGAUGAGUACAACAACCCGUCUGUUGCCAGUGACUCCAGGACUAAGGGCAUCUACAACAGUUAGUAGUAGUAGUAAUAGUAGUACCAAUAUUAUUCCAACCAGUGGGACUACAGUGAAAGAUUUUCCAACUACCAUCACUCAGACAGAUGCUCCGACUAGCAUCAGCACUAAUGCUCCAACAACGGAUGUUCCAUCGACAAUUAUUGAUGAUUCCACAACUCAAACUGAAGCUGUACCAACAAUUGAAAGUCCAUCGUCCAAUAAUGUUCGUAAACGAAGAAGUGUUGAACAUUAUUUUUCAACUUAUCCUGACGACGGUCUUUGGAUGCAGCAUUUGAAUAUUUGGCGACCACCGCAAGAAGUUGAGGAGGCAACUGUGCGGGAUUCGAAGCAAGUUGCAUUUCUAGUUAAUGGCUGUGAUGUUGCUACAGUGACAGCUGCAACUUACACUGCAGUUCUUCCCUUCGCAUAUUUCCCUUCGUUAAAAGCUGUCGCAGUGGAAUUUCCUCUGGAUAAUCCACGAUACAAUGUUAUACUAUUUCUUCCAACGGAGAGACCCGAUACUUUACGACUGGCAAUAGACUUGGGAUCGAAAAGUUUACGACUGUUACGAAAACAUUUGCAGCCAACUUGGAUAAGAGCAACUAUUCCCUCUUUUAUGUUGAAAGGAUUCGUUACUCUUACUUCGUAUUUGCAGAGGUUAGGAAUAAGGGAUGUUUUUGAGCCAAGGGCAGCAGAUUUAUCGCCAAUGACACCGGACAUUGGGGUUUAUGCUCGUGACGUGCAACAAAGUAUUGGAGUUAAUAUAAGAAAUUAUAUGGAGCCCGAUAGAACCAGCUCUAGUGAGUCGUCACAACAAGAAUUUCCUCUAAUUGUUCCACCACGUCGGGACUCUUAUCGAUUUCUCUAUCCAGGAAAUGGCCUCCUGGAAAGGGCUGGUCCUGUAUCCUUUGUUGCUGAACAUCCGUUUCUUUACUUUAUCAUCGAUACUGAAACUACAGCUACACUAAUUGCUGGUCGCAUUGAUGAUCCUCUCAACUCAAGGAUAUUAUAGUUUAAACUGAUGUCAAUAUAUUUUAUUCAAAAA